CACUAAUAACAUGUUCUGGAAAACACUCUCAAACACAAACAAGCAAGCAGCCGCCAGUCCACCACCAUUCACCACCACCACCGCAACAUUCAUGACAACGCAUGACAAACCACUACCAUCACCACCACCACCACCACCACAAAUCGAGUUAGUCAUCGAUUCAACCAUCCUCAAACCAGAUGCCCAUGAUGGAAUUUUGAUCGUAAUCAAAGGCUUGGUUUUUCCGGUGUUAACAAGGUGUCAUGCAGGCUACUUUCGCAUCACCCUCUCCCUUUGCUGUCAAGCCCUUCUCUGGAAAACCCUCAAAGACCCGCCGGAAAACGCUCACGCUUACCGUAGAAUGCUCGGCGUGUUUCCCUCCACCGCCUUCCUCCUCCUCUGGUCACUAUCGCUGCUCAUUCUAGCAUCACUCUCUAUCUUAUACAUCUUAAGAUGCGCAUUAUUUUCCGAUAUGGUUAAAAGCGAAUACCUGAAUCAUAUCGGAGUUAACUACCUCUUUGCACCAUCAAUCUCAUGGCUUCUUUUGCUUCAAUCGGCGCCGUUUUUCACACCAAAAACGAUCUACUACCUUCUUCUUUGGUGGGUUUUCGUGGUUCCGAUAUUCGUUCUCGACGUGAAGAUAUACGGGCAGUGGUUCACGAAAGGGAAGCGUAUUCUGUCGACGGUGGCAAACCCGGCGAGCCAGCUGUCGGUGGUCGGAAACUUCGUCGGAGCUCGUGCAGCGGCUCAGAUGGGGUGGAAGGAGAGUGCUAUGGUGAUGUUUGCGUUAGGGAUGAUACAUUAUCUUGUGGUUUUCGUGACGCUUUAUCAGAGAAUGUCGGAAAACAACUGCCUUCCGGCGAUGCUCCGGCCGGUUAUGUUCUUGUUCAUUGCAGCUCCGAGCAUGGCAAGCUUAGCUUGGGACUCCAUUUCCGGGACGUUUGACUUUUCGUCAAAGAUGCUUUUUUAUCUUUCUCUCUUUCUAUUCUUGUCUCUGAUAACAAGACCAAAUUUAUUCAAGAAAUCAAUGAAGAAAUUCAAUGUGGUAUGGUGGGCAUAUUCAUACCCGUUAACAGUUUUGGCAUUGGCUUCAACGGAAUAUGCACAAGAGACCAAGAGUAGCAUUGCUCAUUUGCUUAUGCUUCUUCUUUCAUUACUUUCGGUCAUGGUUUCCAUUGUUUUAAUGGUCUAUACGGCCCUCAACACAAACAUCCUUUUGCCACCAGAAGAUGAUAUGUAUGCUCCAACUGUUGUAACUGUGGGUCCCAUUACUAUUAGUAGUGGAAGCAAUCGAGUGGAGCACCGGAGGUACCCCUUCCUCCUUGGAGAUUGGUCGAGGAACACCACACAAACACCCCUGACUCCUUCACUACCGACGAUGAGAAAGGAAGCCACGAUGGGCCUACCGGAGACAUCGACUGCAGCCCCUCCUAUUGAAGAAGAAUUACCCAAAUGCUUCCCAUGCCUACUGUUGUCGAUGGAUCGAAGACAACAACCCCCGAUGAGGUUUUGCUAUCGAUGGAUCGCACCGGAAAACCGACCAUCUGGGUUUUCAAAAUUUUCUCGAUUUAUUGUGAUUGUGUUCGGUCUAAGCCAUAUUCCAUUUGGGGUUUCAUAA